AUGAUGCCGAAAAGAGGAGCCAUGUCCACUACAGCUACAUUCCAGGGACUGGACCCCGAGAGCCGCAGCAGCUCUAGAGUCCUGAGACCUCCAGGUGGGGGCUCCAGCUUCUCUUUUGGUGUUGGUGAUUCACAGCAGCAACAGCCUGUUAGAAAACAUAAGAUGGCUUCCAACAUAUUUGGCAUACCAGAUAAUGAACCAUCUCCUGCAUCUCACGCUUCAGAAAAAGAUAACCAACAUAGUUCAGCUUGUGGAAACCCAGAAGAUGCACAGAAAACGUGUAUUCAGGGAGAAUGUGGAGAAGCUGCUGAUCAGAUGGGCGAAGCAGAAAUACCAGAAACAGAGUCUGGAAAAGAUGGAUCUCAAGCUGCUGGAGAAAGCAUACAACCUGCUGCCCCUGUAGCAGUAGCUGGUAGGCGAAACCCUCCAGGAGGAAAGUCCAGUCUGGUCCUGGGCUAA